AGCUGUCAAGCCCAAGGAGGGAAUGCAGCACUGGUUGGUCAAUCGGCGCGUUUCGUGUCCUUUCCGUUCGCCCUCGACACGUUUCUCCCUCUCAUUAAUCACGUCGCCCCAUCCUCCCCGGCUCGAACGAACGACAAGCCAAACAAAGUCUGCGCAGCGCCCGAUCCCUCCGAAUCUCGACAACCUCGAUUCCUCGCCGACUAGCCCUCGCGAGGCACCCGCGUCAGACCGGAGCCACCAGGACAACGACCUUUCUAGUACAAGCUCGAGCUUGCUGGAGCUAAAGCUCCUUCCUCAGACCACACACACAACCUCGCACCAGCUCGACCCCGGGUAAACUGCGUUGCAGUUGGCCUGCACUCUUCGCCGACAUGCCGCUCAACGUAUUCAGAGUCCUUGCGGACUUUUCCCAUCUCGCGUCCAUCUUCAUCCUCCUCCACAAGAUGACCGAGCUCAAUGGCUGUGCCGGCAUCUCAUUCAAAUCACAAGCCCUCUACCUCGUAGUCUACGUGACGAGAUACCUUGAUCUGUUCAAUACCGACAGCGUAUACAACUUUAUAUUCAAGGUCCUCUUCAUCGCCUCGCAGAGCUACAUCAUCUACCUCAUGACGUCCAAGUACAAGCCCACGCACGACCCCGGGCUCGACACCUUCCGCGUGCAGUACCUGGUCGGCGGCGCCGCGAUCCUGGCCAUCCUCAUCCCUUACAAGUACACCAUGUCCGAGAUCCUCUGGGCCUUCUCCAUCUGGCUCGAGUCCGUCGCCAUUCUGCCGCAGCUCUUCAUGCUCCAGCGCACCGGCGAGGCCGAGACCAUCACCACGCACUACCUCUUCGCCCUGGGCAUCUACCGCGGCCUCUACAUCCCCAACUGGAUCUGGCGCUACUUCUCCGAGCCCAACCACAAGAUCGAUUGGAUCGCCAUGGUCGCCGGCAUCGUCCAGACCAUUCUCUACAGUGACUUCUUCUGGAUAUACUACACAAAGGUCAUGAAGGGCAAGAAGUUCAAGCUCCCGGUCUGAAAAUGCCUCCGUCUCGAGGAGCCGCACAGGGUUGCAAAAACAACAACAAAAAAUUCCUCUCUAGACCGCACAGGGCGUCAUUGGAGGGGCACAUGCUUUGAGAGGGAUCACUAUACCAUUAUUGGAGUUCGUUCUUGGGCAUAGGCGGGGAACCAAGCAGGAUUUGUCGGGUUUGUUUAAUAGAUGUCAUUUAUCAUGACUCGCAGAAAAGCACACGUUGUCGGCGCAAAAGGACAACACUGGCCGGAAAAAUAAUAAAAACCAUGUCAAAA